UUCGCAGAGUUCAUGCAUCUCCCGUCGGGCUCUCCUCCGUCGGUAGCAGCCGCCUGUCCCACCCAGGGCCGCCCGGGGAUCGUGGUGGGACGUCGGGACUGGAAAGGCAGACGUCCGACCAGAUGGCGGGGGAAGAUUUUGAGGGAAAAGCGUGUCCGGGGUACGUGGGACCCGGACGCUGCCCCAGGAGCCUGAAAGCGUGUGGCAGUGCAGCUCUCCUAGAGCACGCCCUCGGGCCUCCGACGCAGCGGCACCUGCACCGGCACCGGCUGGCACCAUGAGGGAGUCGCUGUGGGUGCUGGUCGUCCUGGCGGCGGUGGUGCUCUCGGUCGUCGUAUUCAUCACAGAGAACCCCUUCGACCCUUCAAGCUUCCUGUCCACGGAGGAAAAGGAGCUGGUAGCCUGGCAGAGAGCCCGGAUGCAGCUCAACCCUGGCAGAACACACCACCUGGAAACCUUCAAGGAGAUGCAGAAAAAUUCAGAACCGCUCAAAAAUGUGCACUCCCGCAUCUUGAUUGGAGCCCCUCCUGGGGAAAGAAGGCUGCUGACCAUAGGGAUCUCCGCGGUGCCGCCUCCCCAGGGGAGCAGCCUUGUGGACACUCUGCAGUCCCUCUUCUCUGCCGCCUCCUCGUCUGAGCGGAGACACUUCACUGUUCUGCUACACGUGGCAGGUCCGGACCCCAGGUGGCUUGCUCAAGUGACCCGCAAGCUCUCGGCUGUGUUUAAACCACACAUCCGGGCCAGAGACCUCGUCGUGAUUGCUUCUCCGCCUGCAAGCCUCCUUCCCUUGAAGGACCUUAAGGAAGCCGCGCGUGACCCUCCCGCCCACGUCGCCUUCCGCUCCCUGCAGAGCGUGGGCCACGCCUUCCUCAUGAACUUCGCUGCCCAGCACUCUCCCUACUUCCUGAUGGUCGAGGAGGGCGUGAAGUGUGCCCCCGGGUUUGUCACCCAGAUAGCCACCACCCUGUCUGCCUGGGAACACCGGCCAUGGGUGACGCUGGAGUUCUCCCGGCGGGGGCUCGCCGGGAAGCUCUUUCACGCUGGAGACCUGCCCCGCAUCGCUCGCUUCCUCCUCCUCUUCCACCAAGACGUGCCUUUCGAUGGGCUCCUCUCCCAUUUUCAGGACCUCGUGCAACCCAGGCCGAUCCGCUUCCUGCCCGCCCUCUUCCAGCGCGUGGGCGGCCCCCGCUCCUCCCAGGAGGAAGAGGCCGGCUCCCCCAGCAACCCUGCCGCCUCCCUCCACACCAGCCUGGAGGGUGCCAACGGCUCCGUUCCCUCGAGUGCCUACAGCCUGGAUGAGAGUUUUUUUUACGCCAAGUUGGCAGAGGCUGGCAGCCACCUGACCGUGGUUUUGGACACGCCUGCCCAAGUGUCCCGAGUUCGCGUGCAGACUGGCUCUGACCUAGGAGACGAGAAUCAGCUGAAAGAGGGACAAGUGGAACUGGGCUACGACGCCACGAACUUGGUCAGCGACUGUGACGACUAUGUCCUGCUGGGGCUCCUGGUAGACGGCAGCCUGGACAGGCAGGUGCUGUCCCACGAGUCGGGCCGGAAGGUGAAGUGUGUGCGGCUGCUCGUGACAGCCCGCGCGCCCUCCGGGGUGGUGCUGCGGCACAUCGGCCUCUGGACCAAGUGAGAUUGG